ACUUUGUGAUGCUGUCUCGUCCUCUGGCYGUAGCAGAGACAGACAAUAAGAGGCGGGACCUGGAGGUCAAGUCUCCGCCCCCUAUCCUCCCAUUGGCUGAUGAAGACUUGAAUCAUGCAGGGCUUUUGUCAGCUCCUCCCCCUGCCCCCCCUCCAGCUUCCUYCUGCUCCUGCGCCUCCCUCCUCCCUCGCCUCCUGUCUGCCCACCGGCUGGAGGUGCGCCGCCUCCUGCGAGGAGCUCUGGCCUCUCUUGGCCGUCGUCUGGACUCCCUGGAGAGGAAGAGCGUGGUGAGGAGGAGGAGGAGGAAGAAAGGAGGAGGAGGUUCACCUGUUCUGACCUGUAGCUCUGCCCCUCCACCACUUGUCAGAACCUCAUCAUCGUCCACUGACCAGUCACCUGUAUGUUUUAGCCAAUCAGAGCAGAGGAAGAGGAGGAGGAGAAAGGACUACAAGAGGGUUAACUUUUUCAAAGACUUCACAGAGGAGGAUGAAGGUGGGAGGUUUGUAGGGCAGAUGGCAGUCUCCUUCAGAGGAAGAGGAGGAAGAGGAGGAGCUUCUGAGAAAGAGGAGUGUCUCGUUCUGCAAGACCACAGUCCAAAGAAGCGCAGAAGAAAAGAAGAGGGAGGAGCCAGCCAAUCAGAGGCCAUCAGCCUGUACACCAGGGUGAAUGGUUACAGCUCCUUCUCCCAGAAUGCCUUGCUGCUCCUUCACACCGAUGGGAUUUCUCCUACCUUCAACCAAGAGCCAGGACUCUUUCCUGUCUUCUCUGGCCAAUGGCAUUCCUCUGACACCAUCCCUCAGUUCUCCUCCAAUCACAGGGUUUUUAACCUCUGGCUAAGCCACGCCCCAUUUAGCCCUGCCCCCAUGCUGCACCUGUCAGCAGUUGCUGUGGAGACAGUGUUGAACUGGGUGAGGGGCGGAGCUUAUUGGAAUCCCCAGCAUCCCUUAAAGGACUGGACGGCCCCGCCCAGUCUGAGCAGCGAUCACUGCUUGGUAAACGAGUCUCCCAGAUCAGAAUACGGCGGGCGCCACCCAGAGAGACCCCACUAACACCGAUGGGACUGCCAAAAGUUAAAAGGAGCUUGGAGACGAUCUUUGAGGAGCCUCGAGAAAAGGAUGGAUCACUGCUCCUGAUUGGCCAGCAGAAAAGGCGCAGGCUCCUCCUCUUCCCUGACUUUACUCAACCCAGGAAGCGGAAAAGAYCACAAGGGGCGGGGCUUCCUGUUGCCACAGCGCUGAGGAAACGAGCGGCAGCACGGCGGUACUUCCGCACCAACGGCUUGGAAGAUGACAGCGACCUGGAUGUGAUGCUGGUGGAGCGACUGAGCGCACUCGAAGACUUCCUGUCACAGCAGGGCCUGGAUAUUGACAUGUGACAUCACUUCCUGUCAACAAACCUCAUGCCAAAUGAGCAGCUAACAUGACUUUUAACAGGUUGUUGCCAUGGAGAUGCCACCAGAUGUCCAAGGACUUUUUAAAAUGUGAAUCAGUGACUUUUAACAUUUUACUUUGAAUCAGGCCACACCCCCUCUCAGGAGGCCACACCCAUCAACAUAUGGCUUUACUUCUACUGGAAAAAAUAUCCAUCUCAUAUAGUACUCUGUGGUACACUGUGUUACUCAGUAGUACUCUGUGGUACACUGUGUUACUCAGUAGUACUCAGUAGUACUCUGUGAUACACUGUAUUAAUCAGUAGUACUCUGUGGUACACUAUUAAUCAGUAGUACUGUGUG